CCAGCUCCUCCUCGCUGGGACUUCCGACUUUUUGUCGUCGCCAUUUUGAACUUAAGUCACAAAAACUCACUUGGACCAGAUAACGUUAGCUAGCAGCUAAAGCUGUUCACUAGCAAGAGUGGGGUAAAUACCCACACAACCCUCGAUAGUGGUGGCGGUCACUGCUGCAGUGUAUAGUGUUAAUUUUUCCUUCCUGUGCAGCACCGUGGCCUACCUUUCAAUGCUCGCGUUAGCAGGCUGCUGCAGCGUCUGUAAUGUGACUUAGCCAGCAUGCUAACCGCGAGUGAGUGAGCAUCAGCGCACCGGCUUCCUCCACUGACCAGCUAGUUAAUGUAUUUGUGAGCCUUUGUCUAGGAGAAAUGUAUCAGCUGCCAGUGCAUAACCUUGCCAGGCUAAGGAGAGCCAGGAGGCAGGUGAAAAAAGCCCUCGGAGACAUCGGCCUGGAGUUCUGCAAGGAGGCAGCGGAGGAUUUCAAAGAUCACUGUCCUAAUGAACAAUAUGUAAAGGAAACUCUUCGUCUUGACAUCUGCUCAUGGGAUCCAUCAUACUCCAAGACACAAGAAUAUCGCUCGAAGCGAUUUUGCUGCACAGAGUGUCGGUUUUCUUCAAAGCACUACUCAGGCUACAAGAAUCACUUCCGGAAUGUACACAGGCACAUGUUUGGCAGUGGCAUUCUGCUCAGCUGUCCAUAUUGCACAUUCACUGCAAACAAAAGAACUCUGGAGACUCAUGUUAAAAUAUUCCAUAUGCCCAGCACCAUGCGGCAAAGCUAUGGCACCUUUCCUGGAGCUGAAGUGGGAGGCAAGAACAAAAUGUUGCCUGCUCUGUUAAGAAAAGCAGAUGCAGCGGCGAAAGCAAUGUACUUUUGCAAAAAAUGCACAUUCCGGGACACACUUUACAAUGUUGUAAGAAGGCACAUUUACAGGUCACAUUUUCAACAUAUAGUUGAACCAUAUUUUAGUCUGGCUUCUGAAUCAUCAGCUAAAAAUGGUGGCAAUUCUGUCAACGGCAACAACAUUCUCUGUAAAUGCUGCCAGUUCUCUACUCGUAACUAUGAGACACUAGUGCAGCAUGUUAUAGAGUACCAUGAACGUAUUGGGGCUCAAGUGACCACCAUGAUUGGCCAUGGUAAUGUUACUGUGUUUCAGACAAAAGCUUGCACAGGAAUGCCGCAGAAAGCUCCUCUGAUGGUCAGUAGGGGCCACACCCUCACAUCCGAGUCAACGUUCCAACCUGUAACUGGUCAUUUAAAACAAGUGGGCCCUGUGCUUUCAAACCAGCCUUUGUUUUCUUUUACCUCUGACCAACAGGUGCGUGUCACAGGUUCGAGUGUUAGCACUGCGGCUGAAAAUAAUGCUGUUGGUGUAAACACGGGCCAGACACAGAAGUGGAAGAUAUGUACUGUAUGCAAUGAGCUUUUUCCCGAAAACCUUUAUAGUGCUCAUUUUGAGAAGGCACAUAAGGCAAAGAAAAUAUGGGCAAUGGCAAACUAUAUCAUGAAAAUUCACAACUUCACCAGCAAGUGUUUGCUUUGCAAUCGCUAUCUGCCCAGUGAUACGCUACUCAACCACAUGCUAAUCCAUGGUCUUACUUGUCCGCAAUGCUACACUGUUUUCUACAGUGUUGAGAAAAUCAUUGAGCAUGUGAGUCAAGCUCAUCCUGAUGACUUUCUUGGACUGCCUGGUGCAUCACCAUUAACCUUUGACCUAACCAUCAAACAAGACAAGUCUGCUAAUGUCCAGCUUGUUGUAAUGACCUUUAACAUGAAGGAAUCUACCAACGGUCAAGAUAUGGCUGCUUCUGCUCAAUAUAGUGACUAUCCUACAGUCAGAAUAACAGCCCCUAGCAUUAUUGACAAAACGAAUGAUCCAACUGUGAGACAUUCACUUUCAGCGUCCCUGUCUUGCAGGACUGAAAUUGGAAAAACUCUGUGCCCUCUGUGUUUCAGCAUUCUCAAAGGUCCACUCUCUCAUGCUCUCUCCAUGCAUUUGAGGGAACGCCACCAGGUCCUCCAAACAAUGCAUCCUGGAAAAAAGAUGACAUACAAGUGCAUUCAUUGCUUAGGAGUGUACACAAGUAACAUGGUGGCCUCCACCAUCACGCUGCAUCUUGUGCAGUGCAGAGCCAUCGGUAGAAGCCAGGCAGGCAUAAACUCUAAUUCUGCAUUAACUCUGAAUUCAUCUGGGACCGGCUUCCUCAAACGACAGCUGCAAAAUCGGAGCAUGGUCAACCCCAAGAGGAUCAGCUGGGUAAGGAGUCAAGCCAGGAUAUCAAGCAGAUCUGGUAUUCUUGCACUGGAUCCCACAAGGUAUGAGCACAAAACGUACGAGGCCAGAAAAGCUUUCCUGACGGCAUACUUCAGCAAGCGGCCAUACCCAUCUUCUCAGGAAGUGGACAUGUUGUCUGCAAGUCUGUGGCUGUGGAAAUCAGACAUCGCUAACCACUUUGCAACCAAGCAAAGGAUAUGUCAGAAAGAAUGUGUGAACAAAAAAGCAUCUGUGCUACUUGGGUUUGACAUGCAUGCUCUCCUUGAAGUUAAGCACGAACUUAACUUUCCAGAGCAUUUGUCACAGCACUUCUCUGUCAGAAGAUCUAGAAGUCUCAAAGAUGGCACUCCAUACACCGGCAGAAACAAGCAAUGUUGGACUUUCAACUCUACCUCGAAACAAGUUAUAUGCACAGAGACAAUAUCCAUUGACUCAGAUAGUGAACCUGAAAUGGAGAAGAAGCCUAAUGAGAAUGGAAAUGUUGACACAACCCAACAAAAGAAUCUAAAAUUCCAAGACACAGUAAACCUUGUGGAUGAAACAGAUGUGUGCAUUUUGCAAGAUGAGAAAGAAAUUCUGGUUGAAGAGGCUUCCUCUGUUAAUAAAGAUGUUCCUUCAACAGAAACAAGUUCUCCACAAGUCACGGCAGCACAUCCAGCUGAAGACACUACCUCUGUAAAAGAUGUCCCUAAUACAGAAAAGAGUUCUCUACAUGAUGACAAAUCAAAACUGGGGGAUGAGUCAUCAUGUAUAGAGGAUGUUUCUUUUACACACAUGAGCUCUUUGCAAGAAGGUAAAGCAACCCUGGUGGAAGAUAUUCUCACUAUUGAGGAUGGUCCUCUCGAAAUGAGCAGUUUGCAGGAUAGCAAAGCGAACCUAUUGGAAGAUGCUCCUUCAGUUGAAGAUGUUCCUUCUCCAGUGAUGAGUUGUUUGCAGGAUAGCAAAGCAAACCUACUGGAUGAUGUUCCUUCUCCAGUGAUGAGUGUUUUGCAGGAUAGCAAUGCAAACCUACUGGAAGAUGCUCCUUCAGUUGAAGAUGUUCCUUCUCCAGUGAUGAGUGUUUUGCAGGAUAGCAACGCAAACCUACUGGAAGAUGCUCCUUCAGUUGAAGAUAUUCCUUCUCCAGUGAUGAGUGUUUUGCAGGAUAGCAACGCAAACCUACUGGAAGAUGCUCCUUCAGUCGAAGAUGUUCCUUCUCCAGUGAUGAGUGUUUUGCAGGAUAGCAACGCAAACCUACUGGAAGAUACUCCUUCAGUUGAAGCUGUUCCUUCUCCAGUGAUGAGUGUUUUGCAAGCUAACAAAGCAAACCUGGAAGAUUUUUCAUCGAUGAAGGACGUUGCUUUUGCUGAGAUGAGCUCAGUGGAAGAAAGAAAUCUGAUGGGCAACAUUCCCUCUGACCAGGAUGACCCUUCUGCAGAGAUGAGUUCUUGCAAGACAGUAAAGCAAAUCUAGAUGAUUUUCCCUCUGUUGCUGAGGGUGCUUCUUCUGCAGGGAUGAAUUCUUUGCAAGAUCACAAGGAAAAC